AUGAAUCAAAUUACUCUAACUGAUUCUGAUCGCCAAUUUUUUUAUGAUAACGGAUACCUGGUGGUAUCUUGUGCUCCUUUAAUUCAAGAUCAGUUUCUGAUCAAUCAACUCAAGUCUCAGUUCGAAAAAUGUUUCCGCGGCCAGUUUUCAACUGGUAUAUAUCCUGACGAGUGGCAUUGGCGAGCAGGUAUUUCCAACCCAGGAGUAGUGCGUGAAAUUUGCAAUGCCUGGAAAUCAGAUAAUGUGAUUCGAAGUGUCGUUUUGAGCCCAGAAAUAGGAUCUUUAGGGGGUCAGUUGUACCCGCAUUGGACACGUGUGCGGGUUGCUCAGGAUGACGUAAUAUGGAAAGUUCCCCAAUCGACGGUGAAAGGACACAUAGGGUAUCAUGUUGAUUCAGCUUAUAUUUCGCGCCAGUUUGAAGCGCCAGAAACGGAAUUGAAAACCAAAGCUAUAAAGGAAUUGUCAGAGAGAUAUAAUGGCCACGAUUUCUCUACUGGAUCUGACUCGAUUACAGUCUGGAUUGCACUGGAUGACGCGGACGAAGAAAACGGAGUUCUGGAAUACGUCGAAAGAUCACAUUUGUUGUUUGGGAUGCGAAAUACCACAAAGUCUUUCGGAGUCCUUUCUGAAAGCGAUGAGUUUGCAGAAGCUCAUAAGAAAAUUAAAGACAUGUUGAAUUUUCACACGGAUGCUGAAAAUCCAGACGAGGAAAAAGAACGCUUUGUUGCUGCUUUGAACGAAGUUAUUAACAAAAAUAAAAAUAGCCUGUCGAUGGAUUCGUUGAUGAGUAUUGUGAAACCUCAAGUACCCGCUGGUUUUUGUUUAAUACACCACCAAAACAUGCUUCACGGAUCUGGUGCAAAUAUCAGUAUGGAUCGUCACAGGAGAGCAUUGGCUGUUCACUUGAUUGACGGGGACGUGAAGUUUGUUGGGGCUCCGACUUAUAUUUACGGAAGGUACAAGCUGCAAGGUUCCGUUGAGUUGAGGGACGAGUUUUUCCCCGUUACGUGGACAAGAAAGGAAUAG